AUAUGGGAGUGCUUGACGAACCACAACCACAGCAACUACCAGCAAACGAAUUCGGGUUUUGUGCUUUCCUACCACAACAAUCAGCGCCUAGUGAAUUUGGAUUUAAUCAUUCAACUAGCAAAGGACUCGAACUAUAUUUAAAUCAACCUUUCCAACCACAAAAAGCACCUAAUGAAUUUAGGUUUAAUCCUUCAGCUGAUGCUCCCUUGACAACGUUUAAUCAGAAUCCAAACCUUGCUACCGGAAAUAAUGUAUUAGAUCCAACCAAUAUGAAUAAUAAGGAACCGGAUACUUAA